AAUCAACACACUUUUUUGUGUCUAAACAAACUUACACACGCCCUAGCCCACCAGUUCUCGAAUUUCCUAGGAAAAAUUCGUGAAUCAAAUCAAACAUGAUGAGGACUAAGAUUUCUGUUUUGGCGUUUUUGGUUGCUUUAGUAUUAGCAACUUCUUUAUACACCAUAGAGGCUCAAAAAGUUCACGUUGUUGGGGGCAGCUUAGGUUGGAUAGUACCUCCUGGAGGUCCCAUUGCUUAUUCGACUUGGGCUUCUUUGCAAACCUUUUCCACCGGUGACAUUCUUGAAUUCAACUUCAACACUGGAGAGCAAGAUUUGGCAAGAGUCACAAAGGAAGCAUUUGAUGCAUGCAAUGCUACCAGCCCUUUAUCACUUCAAACAACAGGUCCAGCAAAUUAUACUCUUAGCUCACCAGGAGACUACUACUUCAUUAGCACCUUCGAUAGGCAUUGUUUCUUGGGGCAAAAGUUGGCUAUCAAUGUACCUCAAGGAUCUUCAUCAUCAGCUGGACCAAGUUCUAGUCCUCAACCUCCUCCUCCUGCUGGCACCCCAUCUACCUCAAGGACACCGCUUACCUAUGUCGUCGGAGAUGACCUCGGAUGGAUUGUCCCUCCUGGUGGUCCAAUUGCUUACAGAACUUGGGCUUAUGACAAGACUUUCUUCACGGGAGACAUUCUAUUGUUCAACUUCACAACUGGCCAACAAGAUGUUGCAAGAGUAACAAAGGAAGCAUUUGAUGCAUGCAAUUCAGCCAACCCUAUAUCACUUCAAACUAAUGGUCCUGCAAGUUACACUCUUAGCUCUCCUGGGGAAUACUACUUCAUAAGCACCUUGGAAAGGCAUUGUUUCUUAGGUCAAAAGUUGGUCAUCAACGUUACACAGUCAUCACCAUCAUCCUCAAGUCCUGCUUCUCCAAGACCUAGUCCUACACCAGUCACUUCAAGGGCACCAAUUACCUACGUUGUUGGAGAUAAGCUAGGGUGGAUUGUCCCUCCUGGUGGUCCCAUUGCUUACAGAACUUGGGCCUAUGACAAAAUCUUCGCCGUCGGAGAUACUCUAGUAUUCAACUUUGAGAACGGGACUCAAGAUGUGGUGGAGGUGACCAAGUCAGCUUACGGGAGCUGUGACACGAGCAACCCGAUCAGAAUCAUAACCACCAGCCCGGCAAGGAUCACGUUGACUUCUGCCGGUGAACAUUUCUUCACGUCAACGUAUUCCCGCCACUGUUUCCUCGGACAGAAACUUAACAUCAAUGUCACCGACUUGGGGACCGGUACCGGAUCACCCAGCAUCGCCGAACCUCCGUCGGAUGGUUCGUUUUCUCCGGUUGAAGGACCCGAUGUGGCUCCGGCUCCUUUCAGCUCCGCCACCCGUCACCCGGCGGCCUUGGGAUUCUUUGUCUCCCUGCUAGCUAUUGCUUUCGCGUCUCUUUCAGUUUUUUGAUUACGGUUUAUAUUCUUUCUUUUUUUUUUUUUUUUCAUUUUUCUUUCUUUUGACAUUUGGAUACGCAUUGGCUGAUUUUGUUACAUUCAUGACAGAUUCAUAUUGUACGUCUCUUUGAUAUUCAUCGUACUUAAAAUAAA